UCAAACAGUCCACAGAACGAUCGCCAAACUCAAUCAAAAUGUUCAUCAAAUUGAUCUGCAUCGCCGCCCUGGCCAUCUCGUGCGUCUGUGCCAAACCGGGAGUCGUCGCUCCGGUUGCCUACUCUGCCGCGUUGUUUGCUGCACCGGCUCCUGCUUUCGCGACUGCCCAGAGCUCCCAGGUCAUCACUCGUAACUACAACGGAGUUGCUCCUCUGGCUUACACCGCCGCCGUUGCUGCUCCAUUAGCUUACUCUGCGCCAGCAUUCACUGCUGCCGGUCCUCUUGCCUAUACUGCUGCCCCUGCUUAUGCUGCUGCUUAUGCCGCUCCAUAUGCGACUCCAUAUGCUGCCUACCCGUAUAGCCCAUACGUGCUGUAAAUAUUGUU